CCACCUGAGAACAAAUUCACCUGAAAACUACAUUUAUCUAAACUCUGUUGAAGUUUUCUGACUUUGUGGCUCUCAGGUACGUCUGAGUUUCAUGAAGGAGCUGAAACUUACAGUCAACAAGCUUCUGCUGGUUUAUUAAUUCUGAUCUGUUGAGUAACUUCCUGGACACAAACCUCCAAAACAUAACUCUGAUUUAUUAGUUUACAGCUAAUAAAUCAGAGGAUUUGGGUUGUAAUUCAGAAUGUGUGGAACUUUCCAGACCUCCAGGCCCCGCAGAGAGAAUAAGGGUGCAGGGGUUCAUUUUGGUCAAGCGCUCAUCCACCUUAAAUCCGGCAUUAACAGAAUUAACCCAGUGAUCUCCAGAGUUCCCCCUGCCCUCCUUAUCUCCGCCGUCUUACCAUCCAGACUCUCAAUUCUCCAGCCAGCAUCUGCACACCAAGCUCACAGGUGAGAUUCCUGCACGUCUAACAGCAUCUCCACGACCUUCCUGAUCAUUUCACGCCUCCACCGGUGGAUUAAAUCGCAUUUCUGAUUGAUAUUUACUCAAGUCUGGUGUUUGAAGAGUCUAUUUUGUGAAGCAGAGCGUCGUGUGGAAGCCUCUGCAGGACCAGAGAGUUUUAGUACUGAGACAGUGAGAGCAGCUGCAAUGGGGAAUACCACCAGCAGCGCCAUAUCGAAGGAGAUCCUGGAGGACCUGAAGCUCAGCACCAAGUUCACGGAGACCGAGAUCUCCCAGUGGUACGAGAACUUCCAGAAGCAGUGUCCGACGGGCCGUAUCACACCCGAGGAGUUCGAGCAGAUCUACGAGCGCUUCUUCCCGGAGAGCGAUGCCAAGAGCUACGCCCGCCACGUCUUCCGGUCCUUCGACACCAACGACGAUGGCACGCUGGACUUCAAGGAGUAUAUCAUCGCGCUGCACAUGACCUCCACCGGGAAGACCACCCGCAAGCUGGAGUGGGCCUUCUCGCUGUUCGACGUCGACAAGAACGGCUACAUCAACAAGACGGAGGUGACCGAGAUCUGCCAGGCCAUAUUUAAGCUGAUCCCUAAGGAGGAGCAGAGCAAACUACCGGAAGAUGAGAACACACCUGAGAAGAGGGCCAACAAGCUGUGGGCGUACUUCGAGAAGAAAGACAACGAGCGACUGGCCGAAGGAGAGUUCAUCAAAGGCGUGAUAGAGAACGAGAAUGCGAUGCGUCUCAUCCACUACGAACCACUGAAACAAUAAAGUCGCUCCCAUUUAUCCCCUUCUGUCUUUUCUGAAUUUGUCCGUUCUAAACCUUCAGAUGCUUCCUCUCUAAUCCCUCGGUGUAAAUACUGCAGUGUCUUGGUCGCAACUAACUUUUCAGGAAGUUCACGUCAUUUUGUUUUUGUUUUUCUUCUUUGUCAAUGAAUUUAUAUCGAGAUAGACGUCACUAGAGGCAAAUUAUGGAGUAGCGCUUCAAAUUACAAGACGUGUACAGCCAAAAAAAGAAAAUUUAUAGUGUGUUUAUACAUUUAUAUAUGCAUGUUAGAAGUUGAAAAAUGAUCUAAUAUCCAGUAUUUAUUUGUAAAAAUAAUUCCUGAUGAAACAAAUGACUUUAAUAAUAUGGUUUCCUCAUUCUCUGUGAUUGGUUAAACAUCACCACUAGCAGCCAAUCGGCAAUGGAGGAUUAAUGUUGAUAAGUUCUGUAUUAAUUUAUCAUUUAAAACAGAAAUAAACCAAUUAAUUUUG